AUGAGACUCCCCCGACGCGUUCCAUGGAUCUCUCUCGCCGAGCUUGACCAGGUCUGCAACUGGAUAUAUACAGACGAAACAGACCUAGACGCAAAAGCUAAAGCCAUAAACCGACUUUCGGCAUGGCGAGCGAUCACGCCCCUUCCACACGCCCUCGAAGCGGCCCUUUCUAUCCUUUCAUCCAUCACCCUCGAUGCAUCGGUUCCUGGUAGUUUAUUUCACGCACAGCGCCCACAUAACGGGCAAAUAAUCUCUCCGGAGGCUAAAAAUAGCUUAAUUCUGAGUGUACGCCAAAGCUAUGCAACUGCAAUUGUGCGCCUUGUCAACGGUCUUGUUGACCCUUUGCAACUUGGAGCGUACGCACGCUCUAUUGCAUCUAUCGCAGCGCAGAUUGGUUUGCCACAAUGGCUGGUCGAGAUCAGACAUGCUGCUACUCACGAGGAUCUUCCCGGUCUUGAAAUAUUACGCUCUGGGGCAAAAGAGGCAUGCAUUUAUCUCCCCUCUUUCUUGGCUAAAUUUUUGAUUAAUCUUCUUUCCAGUCGCUUGCAUGGCUUUUGCAUAACUAUUUCAUUCCGACGCUUUCAGCGUCCGACAUAA